AACUUGAGAAGUCUUGGGGCAUGGUCGGGGCCAUACAUGCACCCUAAUCGGACCCGAACAGCCCGCAAUCAGAACUUCCAAACAAUACGUAGGCCACUGGCACAUGAUUUAAAUCUAUCCCAACACCGUUAGUCUCCAUUUCUCCUGUCAGUUACAGAGCUGACGAACGGUCUUUAUGGUUUGCUCCCAGAAUGUUUAGCGGGGUCCUUAGGAUAUAAAAGCAAAGCGUCUCCCUGCCAUCUGAGAGUUAUUCGAACUCGAAUAGAUCAUACAGUACCUCGUGCAACCAAAUGCGUUUCUCUUUGCUUGCCGUCAUUGCUGCCCUGACAGCAUUUAUGUCUGUCAGUGCCACACCAGGUGUUUUCAGCAGGGCAUGUACUGCCGAUGGCGAAUCUUGCGGCGAAAGCUCCGAGUGCUGCUCCUUUGCACUUUGUAAUAGAAUUGUGGUGGGAUGUGCUAUCCUAAGAACUGGCAAAAUUCUGAAGAGUUGGCACGUCGCGAGAGUGAGUCACUUUUCUACCUUCGUAUUCAAUGGAGUUAUUCAUGGCUCGAUUCCCAAUAUGAUAUUGACUCGAAAACGCAGCAUAUGAGUGAGCAAGGUCGUGUCCAGCCAGCUUGACGCCUUUGUGACUUCGAGUUGAUGGUAAACGGUCGUAGAGAAGCAAUUUAACACAUCCGACCGAUCAUAACGCUUGUGUUCAGGUUUAAACCCACUUCCGUGCCAGCGACUAGAAACCUCAGACAAGAGUGCGAGAACACAUUAGUACGAACUCUUACAGACCAUACAUAUCAGUUUGUCAAUCAAAGAGCAGACAGGUUUCCCGAGAGGUUAUAAAGAAAGUAUAUCGAGACGAGUGGCAGAUCGCUCAUGUUGCAC